AUGGGACAGGCCCCAGCCUCGGAGAGAUACAGCGCCCAACUUGGUGCCACCCUCCAGCUUCUCCGGCCUCGGGGGAUGGACGCAGCCACAGCUCGGAAGCAAGCCUGGCUUCCGUGGCCCCCACUCCUUUUCCUGCUCCUCCUACCUGGAGGCAGCAACAGUAGCUGCCCUACUGUGUGUGACUGCACCUCCCAAACCCGGGCAGUACUCUGUGCCCACAGGCGACUGGACGCUGUCCCUGGAGGGCUUCCACUGGACACAGAGCUCCUGGACUUGAGCAGAAACCGCCUGUGGGGGCUUCAGCGGGGCAUGCUCUCCCGACUGGGCCAACUCCAAGAACUGGACCUCAGCUACAACCAGCUCUCUACCCUUGAGCCUGGGGCCUUCCAUGGCUUACAAAAUCUACUCACCCUGAGGCUCCAGGGCAACCGACUGAGAAUUGUGGGUCCUGGGAUCUUCUCAGGGCUAUCUACUCUGACACUGCUGGACCUCCGCCUCAAUCAGAUUGUGCUCUUCCUAGAUGGAGCCUUUGGUGAGCUGGGCAGCCUCCAGCAACUGGAGGUAGGAGACAAUCACCUGGUGUUUGUGGCUCCCGGGGCCUUUGCAGGGCUGGCCAAGCUAAGUACCCUCACCCUGGAACGCUGCAACCUCAGCACAGUGCCUGGCCUAGCCCUUGCCCAGCUCCCAGCACUAGUGACUCUCAGGCUUCGAGAACUGGAUAUUGAGAGACUGCCAGCGGGGGCGCUUCGAGGGUUAGGGCAGCUAAAGGAGCUGGAGAUCCACCACUGGCCAUCUCUGGAGGCCCUGGACCCAGGGAGCCUGCUUGGGCUCAAUCUGAGCACCCUGGCCAUCACCCGCUGCAAUCUGAGCUCAGUACCCUUCCAGGCACUGCACCAUCUGAGCUUCCUCAGGGUCUUGGAUCUGUCUCAGAAUCCUAUCUCAGCCAUCCCAGCCAGAAGGCUCAGCCCCCUGGUCAGGCUCCAGGAGCUCAGGCUGUCAGGGGCCUGCCUCACCUCCAUCGCUGCGCAUGCCUUCCACGGCCUGACCGCCUUCCACUUGCUGGAUGUAGCAGACAACGCUCUUCAGACCCUAGAGGAAACAGCCUUUCCUUCUCCAGACAAACUGGUCACCCUGAGGCUUUCUGGUAACCCCCUAACCUGCGAUUGCCGCCUCCUCUGGCUGCUCCGCCUCCGGCGCCGCCUGGACUUUGGCGCGUCCCCCCCUGCUUGUGCUGGCCCCCAACACGUCCAAGGGAAAAGCCUAAGGGAGUUUUCAGACAUCCUCCCUCCAGGCCACUUCACUUGCAAACCAGCCCUGAUCAGAAAGUCAGGGCCUCGGUGGGUCAUUGCAGAGGAGGGGAGCCAUGCUGUUUUCUCCUGCUCUGGAGAUGGAGAUCCAGCCCCCACGGUCUCCUGGAUGAGGCCUCAGGGAGCUUGGCUGGGAAGGGCCGGGCGAGUAAGGGUCCUAGAGGAUGGUACACUGGAGAUUCGCUCCGUGCAGCUGCGGGACAGGGGAGCCUAUGUCUGUGUAGUCAGCAAUGUUGCUGGGAAUGACUCCCUGAGGACCUGGCUGGAAGUUAUCCAAGUCGAACCACCAAAUGGCACUGUCUCUGACCCCAACAUCACCAUGCCAGGAAUCCCAGGGCCUUUCUUUCUGGACAGCAGGGGUGUGGUUAUGGUGCUGGCAGUGGGUUUUCUCCCCUUCCUCACCUCAGUUACCCUCUGCUUCGGUCUGAUUGCCCUUUGGAGUAAAGGCAAGGGCCGGGUCAAGCACCACGUGACUUUUGAUUUUGUGGCACCUCGGCCUUCUGGGGAUAAGAACUCUGGGGGUAACCGGGUCACUGCCAAGUUAUUCUGA